GGUAUUCUUGACCAAAAUCAACAAAAGAAGAAAAAGAAAAAGAUAUAGGUUCAAUUUCCCGCCAAUUCAAAACCCUAAAAUCGUUUAUCCUUUCCAGUUAAUCUCCGUCCUCAUUUCCAAAAUCGAAGCUUUGCGUUUCGUCAAUGGCGGAAGAAGAAAACGCAUCAAUGGCGGAAGAAGAAAACACCGAGGCAAUCCAACCCGAACUCCCAAUCGGAAGGGUCAAGAAGAUCAUGAAGCUCGACAAUGACAUCAACAAAGUGAACUCGGAAGCCCUAUUCCUCGUCACGUGCUCCGCCGAGCUCUUCCUCCAAUUCCUGGCCGAGAAAUCCGCAGAGAUCACAACGGAGAGGAAGCGGAAGAUCGUGAAGCUCGAACACAUUCGAAUCGCCGUCAAGAAGCACCAGCCGACGAGCGAUUUCCUCCUCGACUCGCUUCCCAUGCCAUCUUCACAGCCUUCAGAUCGUCCGGCAACCGAUCAAAAGCGUUCUGGCUCAGUCUCCGAGAAACCGGUCCCUGCAGGCACACGGCGAAUCGAUCACAUCUUUCAUAAGUCGGCAAAUGAAGCUCCGAUUCUGAUCGACAACGACGAGUCGUAGAUUCUUUUCGAUCGAGUACUUUCAAUUAUGAAUGUUUGAAUGUAACUUGUGCAUUUUUCCUUUUUAACAUUUUGUUUAUGUUAAGGGAAAGAUUAGAGAAUUGAGACAUUUUGAGAUGUGCCAAAUCAAGGUUAAUGAAUUAAUCCAAUUAUUGUAGUUUAUGUAUAAAUCAAAAAGUAGAAAUGCUAAUUGUGCGUAGUUGUGAUGGUGA